UGGAGAAGGGUAAUUGAAACUAGGCCGCCAAUUGCAGAGUUGGGCUUCGUCCGCAUGUCGCAUGGUGUUCUCUCUUUUGGCAUCCACUAUUUGGCUUUCGCUUUCUUCUUUCCGGAGAUUGAAUCUUCUUAGCAAAGCUUAAAAACUGUGAGAAGAGAAUGCAGGAAAGUGAAAAGUGAUUGAUCUUGACACUGUUCAUUUUUUAGAAUACAAUCUUGCAAGAGAAUCUGAGAAACUAAGAUCUUUUCCUCGGCACAUUAUUCUUUGGUAUAGAUUUGGGAUUGUCACAGUUCCUUCAACUUCGAGCACAAUAAAAAAUAUACCCUGCAAGUGUUCAUAGAGGAAAUUAGGAAAUAUGGCCCAUAGAUGUCGAGGAAGGAAGGAGCUGAAGGCCCCUGAUAAAGACGAGAAUUGUGUUUCAGCUAGAGAACCAUUUUUACCCCAAGAAAUCGUCAUUGAGAUCCUGAACUGGAUGCCAGUAAAGUAUUUGUUAAGGAUGAAAUGUGUGUGCAAACAAUGGAAUGAUUUAAUUCAAGACCGCUAUUUCAUCCAAAAGCAUAUUAGUCUCACUAAUAGUCGCUAUGUAUACUAUUUCAAUAGACAGAAAGUUGAAGGUAACAUGGAUGAGGAAGAUGAUGACAAGGACAAGUCUAAAAAGGAGACAUUCCAUCUGGUCUGUGGUUGUGAUGGAAUGCUACUAAAGAGAAGCAAUGCCUCCCAGAAGUGUUUAAUUCAUAAUCCUACCACCCGCAAAAUACUAUAUCUGCCUGACUCUGAUCAUGAUCUUAGCCUUAGCAUAUCAUUCUCUUUUGUACCAUCCAUUGGUGAGUAUAAAUUGGUCUCUAUAUAUGAAGAUACUGCCACUGGUAACGAAGGUUGUGAAGUUAUUACUGUCGGUGUCGACGAGUCUUGGAGGCCUCUACAACUCCCUAACUCACAUGGUCCUAACCAGAGUAGAAGGAAACUCUCUGUUGCCUCUGCAGGUGCAGCUGUUCACUGCUUUAGAGUAACCGAGGUUGUGGGGGAGGUAUUUGAAGAAGUGGUCUCUCUUGAUUUGGAGACAGAGUGCUUCACAAGUACUAUUUUGGAGCCGGGCUUAUAUUCGGAUUGGAAGAAGGUUUGGGCUUUGAAUUGGAAUGGGCGUCCGGCACUUGCAGAGACAGGAAGAGAAGAGCUCAAGGUGCUGGUGAUAGAAGAUUACAAAAAGAAGUACAAACUGGCUGAAAACAAGUUUGGUGUCUCAUUGGGAGGGGCAAAAAAAGUUAUGCAGGGAGAAGAUUUUGUUCCUCUUGUUGCUGAGCGUGGCAUUUUGUGGGUCUGGCUGAGAGACAAGAAGAUGUUUGGUUAUGAUAUCAAACAUGGAAGAGUUCGUCGAGAGUUAUCUGUGCCCGAGGGUUACCGUAUUACAGACACAAUGUAUAUUGGCAGAGAAAGCUUAGCAACAUUGAGGGGAAUGCAGAAGCAGCCAAGUUCUUGGCUGGUUUGAUGGAUCAUCCUACAUCUUCUCUGUCAGAAAAUUUUCUUAUCUUCAAUAUACAUUCGUAUGCUGGUGGUUUGCUUAGGACCCUUACUGGGUACAGACAAGAUUUUCAUUUUUCAUUGAAACUGUUUGUUGGUCUCUUUUUGGCUGAAUACAAAUUGGUUACUAAGAUCAUAAUAAAGCAUUUUGAA